CAAUGUCUGAGCAGCGGUGGGAAGUGAAAUAGCGCAGUUUAGGAGCCGCGGCACUCUGAGACACUCAGCGCGAAGAUGGCGACCCGGACGAUGCAAGCAGCACGAUGCCCCACUGAUGAGCUCUCGCUAACAAACUGUGCAGUGGUGAGUGAGAAGGACCUGCAGUCUGGACAGCACGUGAGUAUUAAAACCACUCCAAACCACAAGUUUGUGUUCACGGUGAAGAGUCAUCACACGGUCACACCUGGAACUAUCGCGUUCAGCUUACCACAGAGGAAAUGGGCCGGACUCUCUAUUGGACAGGAAGUGGAAGUAUCAAACUAUAAUUUUGAUAAAUCGAAGCAGUGUAUCGGCGCAAUAAUGAUCGAGAUUGACUUCCUGCAGAAGAAAAGCAUGGACUCCUCGCCAUAUGAUUCAGAUAAAAUGGCGAGCGAAUUCAUUCAGCAGUUCAAUAACCAGGCCUUCACUGUGGGACAGCAGUUGGUGUUUAGUUUCUGCGAUAAACUCUUUGGCUUGGUGGUGAGGGCCAUUGAGGCGAUGGAUGCGAGCAUACUGAAGGGAGAGACGGCGACUGGAAAAAAACAAAAGAUUGAGAUUGGUCUGUUGGUGGGAAACAGUCAGGUGAUCUUUGAGAAAGCAGAGAAUUCCUCUCUGACACUUGUCGGAAAAGCCAAAACCAAAGAGGCACGUCAGACCAUUAUUAAUCCGGACUGGAACUUUGAGCGCAUGGGAAUCGGCGGCCUGGAUAAAGAGUUCUCGGACAUCUUCAGGAGAGCGUUUGCAUCACGAGUCUUUCCUCCUGACAUCGUCGAACAGAUGGGAUGUAAGCAUGUUAAAGGCAUUCUGCUUUUUGGUCCUCCUGGCUGUGGGAAGACUCUGAUGGCGAGACAAAUCGGUAAGAUGUUGAACGCCCGUGAGCCGAAAGUCGUAAACGGACCAGAGAUUCUCAAUAAGUAUGUUGGCGAGUCUGAGGCCAAUAUCAGAAAACUGUUCGCUGAUGCUGAGGAGGAGCAGAAGAGGUUGGGUGCGAACAGCGGGCUGCACAUUAUCAUUUUUGACGAACUGGAUGCCAUCUGUAAGCAGCGUGGCACAGGAGCAAGCAGCACUGGAGUCCAUGACACUGUUGUCAAUCAGCUGCUUUCCAAAAUUGACGGUGUGGAGCAACUCAACAACAUCCUCGUUAUAGGAAUGACUAAUAGACCUGAUCUAAUAGACGAUGCUCUGAUGAGACCUGGCAGGUUUGAAGUGAAAAUGGAGAUCGGUCUGCCAGAUGAGAAGGGUCGUGUCCAGAUCCUCAGCAUUCACACAGCCAAAAUGCGUGAGUUUAACCUGCUGGCGAUGGACGUGAACCUGAAGGAGCUGGCAGCUGAAACAAAGAACUACAGCGGUGCUGAACUGGAGGGAUUAGUGAGAGCUGCACAAUCAACCGCCAUGAACCGACACAUCAAGGCCACAGCGACCGUGGAAGUAGACCUCGAGAAAGCCGAGAAGCUGCAGGUGUGCAGAGACGAUUUUAUGGGCUCGUUAAACAACGACAUCAAACCUGCAUUCGGUACCAAUCAGGAGGAUUAUUCAAGCUACAUUACAAACGGAAUUAUUAAAUGGGGUGAUCCGGUGAGUCACGUGCUGGACGACGGGGAGUUGCUUGUUCAGCAAACCAAGAACAGCGACAGAACUCCGCUGGUGUCCGUGCUACUUGAAGGUCCUCCUCACAGCGGGAAAACGGCGUUAGCUGCGAAAAUCGCGGAAGAUUCAGAGUUUCCUUUCAUUAAGAUCUGCAGCCCCGAUAAGAUGAUCGGCCACUCCGAGAUUUCGAAAUGCCAAGCCAUCAAAAAGAUUUUUGAUGACGCUUAUAAGUCCCAGCUCAGCUGUGUGGUGGUGGACGACAUUGAGCGCCUGCUGGAUUACGUUCCCAUUGGCCCAAGAUUCUCGAACCUCGUCCUCCAAGCACUGCUGGUUUUACUGAAGAAAGCACCGCCUCAUGGCCGUAAGCUGCUCAUCAUCGGCACCACGAGUCGUAAAGACGUCCUGCAGGAGAUGGAGAUGCUCAACGCCUUCAGCACCACCAUCCACAUCCCCAACAUCAGCACCGGAGGUCACCUGGUGGAGGCGCUAGAGCUGUUGGGCAGUUUCACGGAUGCAGAGAGAGCAACUAUCGCCCAGCAGGUGAAGGGAAAGAGAGUGUGGAUUGGCAUAAAGAAACUCCUCAUGCUCAUCGAGAUGUCGCUGCAGAUGGAUCAGGAGUACCGUGUCGGCAAAUUCCUCUCUCUGCUGCGGGACGAGGGAGCAGAUCGCGGCUUCUACGAGUAACAAGUGGAGCUCCGACUUCACACGUCAUUCUUCUCGACCCUUCAUCGUAAACUCCCCUCUUUCACACACCAGUGCGAGUGUCGCGUCUUGUGCUUCGUGAGCUACUGUUCUGGAUAUUAAAUAAAUAAAAUACCAAGAUGUACAAACUCCUCACUAAACACACUAUUCUGUAUUGUGUGUGUGUGUGUGUGUGAGAAUGUCUAUUUCAAACUUCUCGAUCAUACAGAUGUGCAAUCCGUGAGUAAAACCUUGAAAUCUAAGUGUGUCGUUGUGUUGUAACACACACCGACGAUGUACUGUUCCAUUUAUGACUUGGAGUGGAGUGGAAAUUGUGGUGUACAGUUGAACGUGGUCGCAUUGUAUCUGAUCUGACCUGGCUCACCACACCGAUCUAAUCUGAGUAACAAGUCAUCAAAAAGCCAAUUUUAAAACCAAACGCAGCUCUCAGUAGAGCUUUCCAGACUCUUUCUUCUCAUCUUUUUACCAAAAACACCACAGAGGCAAAAUUUUUUUUUUUAAAAACGCAUUGCUUUAAAAGUCGCAAGAAUCGCAGUUGUUUGCAUGUGUUAAUUAUUAGGUGUUAGCUAGCAGUGUUCAUGCGCUACAGUUGGUCGUUAUGCGACAAGGUUAAUUAGUCUCGGCUCUCUAUACUAUCCGACAUCUGAGUAACUGCGUAAACAACGUCGACGUGGCACACGAGCACAUUUCUAGUUCGAUUAGAUUAGAUUAAAGUAGACUGCUAAUUGGGCAGAGCUGUUAAACAGCAUUAUCAUCCUUCAACAACUCGCACGUCUGAUAAUUAUAUCGAACUACAGAUCAGUGUAUUCAAGUUCUGGGGUUUUCAUUUAAAUUUAUGAUUUAACUUCGGCUCGGACGUGCUCUCUGAGCUUUAUUACCGAGUAAUCUUUGGGCACUGACGGACCUGUCGGGCAAAUCUGUGCGUGUUCGUUUAGGUGGUAAGAUGGGAAAACUUUCAACAAGUAUUUGACAAACAAAUGGUUUAGACAGCCAGCUCAAGCGCUCGUGUGCGUCUCUUGAAGCCAGUGUUCAUCACCCCGGCCUUUUGAUGAGUGUAUAUAAAAUAAACGUUCUGAAAUAUCUGAGAAAUCUCUCUCCCUGUCUUGCGCUAGGUUUCUCGCUCUCUAAAUCCAACGUACUUGUGACCGGGACUGUAUGUUGUUUGGUGUGCGUUAAUAUUGUUUCGUAAAUUAUUUAUUUAGCUUGUGUACAGCUCGGUGAUAUCGUGCUUGACGUUUACAGAUGUGGUUUGUGAAUAUUAAUGAUGUUUGUGAAUAUUAAUGAUGUAUAACUGCAAUAAACACACAGACCCAGA